AUGAAUGAAAGGAUACUAAAAAGUAUUUGGAAGUGUGAGUCAUCAUGUCUAUUAAGCAAAAAUAAUUUUAACGCAAGUUUGGUUUCCACAUUUAAAAUAUCACGAUGUAGCACUUUACUUCGGGAGGGUAAGAAGAAGUUGGUGGCACUUGGCGAUAAGAAUCAGCAUGUCGUAGUACACGCAAGUAAGGAAAGGAAUUAUCGCCACCGGGAGAAGAACCAACUUUUGGAUGAUGGAGCAGAGGAUGUCUGCGCCGGGAGCGCACACAAUAAUAGGGGAGGGAGCCGGAGUGGUGAAGACCCGCAGUUACAAGGGACACACUACACCUUCCGCUUUGACAAGGGUGCCUCGAUACUCCGCGGUGGGAGAAACAGGGAUUUCUGGAAGAAACCACCUGUGAGUUUGUAUUCAACCGUGACAGGGAGGAAAGAUGAACGCGAGGGAGGAGAAUCAGGAAAAAAGGAUGCUGAUGCAGGUGAGGUUUCGCAUAAAAAUAGUGAAUCACUUGGGAAGGGCGAACCCGAACCCCCCAUGUGUAAGAAGAAGCUACGUGAUGAAAAAGACAAUCAAUUGGGUUGCAAAGGGGUGGAUGAUAAUGGCGACACGAUGCAGAACGAAAGGGGAGAAAAACCUUCAGAUGACCAUAACAGUGAUUUGCAGAGGAGUGACUGCUCCCAAAGUAGGAGUGACGAGGGAAAAGACGAACUAAACGAAAAGCUAAGAAAAAAAAACGAAUUAAAAAAAGUGUUAAACAUAAUAUUUUGCUCAUCCAUUCCCAUGAUUGGAUUCGGGUUCAUGGAUCAGUUUAUAAUGAUUCGUUUGGGAGAUAUUUUCGAUGCAUCUAUCGGAGUGUCCUUCGGAAUAUCGACUCUGUGUGCAGCUUCCUUUGGCCAACUCUGCAGUGACACGUUUGGAAUAUUUUUUGGUUACUUCUUAAAUUAUUUAUUACAAACUUAUAAAGUUAUCCAACCAACCAAAUACGACGUAAAAAAUAAAGUGUAUCAACAUUGCACCUUAGUGGGAUCUGUGUUUGGGAUUCUACUAGGUUGCGCCCUUGGUAUGUUACAACUCAUUUUCAUAGACACAACAAAGAGUGAAAGAUUGAAAAAAAAAAAGGAACUAGAUUUUAUAUUUCAAAUGGUUAUGUGUGAUUGUUCCAAUAUUUUAAACUGCGAAGCAUCCACACUGUUUCUCUACGAUAAAGCGAAAAAUGAAUUAUGGAGCAAAGCCAUACAUGGAAGAAAAAAUAUCAUAAAAAUAUCAGCCAAUAGCAAUGAAAAAAGUUUCAACCUCUGGGUUCUUCGAAACAAAGAAAUAAUUAACUGCAAAGAUGUCGUAAAUAAUGAAUUGUAUAACCCUGCACAUGAUGAAAAAUUUAAUUUCAAAACCAGAACCAUUUUAGCGGCACCCAUCUUAGAUCGAAAUAAUGAAGUUGUCGGUGUUCUUAUGUUCCUUAACAAGCUAAGAUCCCAUGGUGGAUACUUCACUCGGAAUGAUGAAAAGCUAGCCGAGAUGAUGAGCAAACAUAUUUCCAUAUUUAUGGAAAAAUUCAAUUAUAUCAGUGAGGGCGAUAAAAAAAUGAUCAUCUUCGAUAAGGAAAAGAAUAUAUCCCGCGAGGGGGAGGAAGAAGAGGAAGAGGAGGAAAAUGAUCCACCUGUACCCAACAACAGUUUGAACCACAAUCAAGCCGAAGGUGAACUGACCAGAGAACACACACAUGAGGGAAAUCAAGCGCAAAUCAAACAACAUCCACUUAAAGAACGGAAAAGAAAAAGACCCCCCAAAAAGAAUUUAACCUAUCAAAUUUCGCAAAUAGAUGAAGAUGAUAAAAUAUUCGAUGAAGGAAGUGAGAACGCAAACAUAAAGCAGUUUGAUGAGUACUAUGAGGGGAAGACGGAGGAUGAGGAGGAGCAGGACGAUGUGUACGACGAGGAGGAAGAUGACGACGAUGAAGAGGAGGUGGAUAACCCUGCACACCAGGGGUCGGAAGAGGGUUGUAAAGCAACCCAGCCUAGUGAGGGGUCCAUCGAAAAGGAGCAGACUGACAAAGUGGACGAGAAAUCGCGUGAAAUAAUAAACCUGUUGUCCACUUCAAAAAUGGAGGAGAAGAAAAAUGAGCAACCAGUUAACCAUUUCUUAGUGGAAGAUCAUUCUAACCAUAGAAAGGAUCAUCUUAAUCCGAGGAAAAAUAUCUCAAAGGAGUACCAAUCAGAUCCAGUGGAUUGCAAGGUGGAAAUGAUUAAGGGGGGGAACGACCAACAUGAAACACACAAACUGACCAUUUUGAACAUAGACAAGAAGUUAACAGACCACGAGAAAAAGAAGAUUCCCUCUUCGUUCGUAGAUUUCAACUCAGGGUGGUCUCUUCCCGUAUCGUCCCAUCCGCCCACUAUUGUAGGAAGGAUUACUAGUGACAAACUCCCCGAUGAGCGUAAGAGGAACAGUGACGUCUAUCCCCAUCCACCCAUCCACCGCAGCGACGAAAUCGAUCGCACCAAGGAAGGAGAAAAGGAACCCACCAAUUUUGACACACUAUCCAUUUUCCCCAAUGUAGAAAUUUUUUUUAAAAGUUACCAAAAGGGUAAGUAUAAUUUUUACGAAAAAAAUUUUGAGGAAAAUAUUAAUUUGGGAAAUAGGUGGAAGAAGCUUAGUAGAACUUCCUUACGUACCAUGUUGAGUGAUGGCAUUUGUGCAGAGGGAGAAGGCACCGUUGGUGGAUCAAAUUCGGAAGUUAGGUAUCCCCAUGUUGAACUGGGAAACCAUUACCGUAAGGGUGAUGCAGGUGGCCAUCUGACCGAUGGGUCGUCUUCUUACAAUAGUGGUGUUACUUCAGAUUACACAUACUACUACGACAUCGAACACACGAGCGAUUACGGAAAUUUGUACGUGAAGGACUUCGCCAAUGGAGUGACGGCGAACUCUGCAUUUGAAAAUGAGCGAAAGAAGGAACAAAAGGAUUCCAUUGAAAGUUACCACCGCGGAUACAACAGCGCCAUUCUGAGCGAAACAUUGUGUAGGAACUCGUCCCUCUCCGUGGCAAGCGGAAUCAAGGAAGAAUCUUUCAGAAGACACAAGCAGAAUUACGUUCACGCCAAGGAGGUCUUAUUAAAGAAAGUAGCACUUCUAGAAGGAGCGGGAAAAAUGUAUAGUUCGAGUGCAUACAACUCAGAAAAGUACUUUUCACACAUCCACUUUGCGAAAAUUUUUAACAUGGUUUCUGAGAAAAAAAUGAAUAUAAAAAAUUUCAAAAUUUUAAAAAAUAUCUACAAGUAUAAUUUAAGUAAAAUUUUUAGUAAUCAUUACAAAUAUAUAAUUGUGAAAAAAAAAAAAAAAUUACGAAAAUUUUGUUACACACUUAAACAUUUUGACAUUUGCAAAGUGGACCAUUUCUGGUUUAACAUAUAUUGCCAAAAUGAAUUGAAAAAAAUAUUCUUUCGAAAUUUACACUUUAUAAUUGACUUACAUAAUACACGCAUUGUAGAUUUUAAGCUCAUCAACAAUUAUAUCCUUCAUAAGAUUUACGAAAAUACAACUGUCAGUCGUCUCGCACCAAGCACAUGUUACAAUAUUAAAAUAAUUGAUUUUUUCUUCAGAGAAAAUUUGUACCUUUUAAAUAAAAGCACCAUGAAUGACAUUAUUUACAAGUAUAUAAUUUUUUACUACUGCAGAAAAAAGCUGAGGAAAAAAAACUUUAACUAUUACAAUUACCAGGAUAUGUACAUUGCGGAAAACUUCUUCGGUCAAAAUACUCACACCAAGAAGGUCCCCAAAAUUCUGGAUGAGGAUUUGGGGAAGAAGAGCGCAAUAAUCACGGUGGACAGAUAA